UUUCAAACUGAAAAAAGUGCUACCAAAGCAAUUUACAGAUAUAUUAAAAUCCUAUCUGACUGACAGAUACUUUAGAGUCAGGCAUGAAAAUUCAUAUUCUGAUUUGAAGGAAAUAAAAGCAGGAGGUCCUGAAACGAUGGUGAGUGCUGUGAAGCAACUUUGCCAAUUAGAGCAUACCGAGAAAAGGAAACCGACACUAGCUCUGAAAUUAGGUUAUUCACUACAGAAAUGUGUAGGAAUAAUAAAGUCAGAAGCAAUAAUGGAGGGCCAUGAAGCAAAAAGAAACAUGGCUGAUAAUUUUCAGACUCUAUGACCUCCAUUGGAGUAUUUCAAUAAGUAGAAAAGCAGUGGAGUUCAUGAACUCAUGCAAGUGGAAUAAGCCAUCACUUAUACCACUUGCUGAUGAUGUGUUGAAACUGAAUACUUACCUAAAAGAAGAAGGGAAAAACGCCUUUGAGAGGCUCACUAGAUCAGAUGCAACGGAGUCUGAUUACAGAAAUCUGGGUGGGAUAACGUUGACUCAUUUGAUUGUUUUUAAUAGAAAGAGAGUGGGAGAAGUGGAGAGAAUCACAAAAAAGACUUAUCUCGAGAAACUCCACAAUGAAGAUAAUCAAAAAGAAAUUGAAUCAUCUCUCUCAGAGUGUGAGAAGUUGCUCGUCAAGACCAUGAGCCUUGUAUACAUAAGAGGAAAGAAGGGACGAAAAGUUCCACUUCUAAUGACACCGACAAUGCUCAAAUACAUUUACACUCUACUUCUUAGAAGAGAUUGUUUUGGAGUACCAAGUAACAAUAAUUAUGUGUUUGGUAAUCCAAUAUGUGACUCUUUUUUAAGAGGUGCUGAUACAUUGAGAGCUAUGGCCACUAAAUGUGGGGCUUCAAAACCAGAGAAUCUGACCUCGACAAGGUUGAGAAAACAUAUCGCCACUUUUUCUCGAAUCUUGAAUCUAUCUGAAAAGGAUAUGGAACAAAUUACUCAACAUAUGGGGCAUAGCGAGAGUGUUCAUAGACAGUUUUAUCGGCUUCCUGACUCCACAUUGGAGCUUGCCAAAAUGACUAAGUUGCUCCUCACAUUUGAAAAGGGGAAUUUGACACCAGGACAAAAACUGGAUGAUAUGGUUCCUGAUAUUGACUCAGCCAAUGAAUCAAGUGAUGAAGAAACACUUGAUACGUCAACAAAUGACUUGGAUGAGACAGACGAUCCAGAGGUACAGGGUUUUGAGAUACCAGAGACUUCAGUUGAAAAUGAGAUUCAGAAGCCACAUAUAACACGAAAAAGUAGAAAGGUAACUGGAAAAUCAGCAAAGAAGAACUCUUCAGACAUUGAUGAUGAUUAUGAGGAUCAGGAAGAAGAUGAAGAGGACGAAGAUGAUUACAAAAAAGUAGCUAAAAGAAAACCAUCAAAUAGAAAUACCUGUUGAGAAUGAAGUUAUAGAGAAAUAUUUUUCGAAGAGCAUCAUCAACGGUGUAGUGCCCAAUAAAAAAGAAUGUGAUAAUUGUAUAGCAAAAAAUGAAUAGGUUCUGAAAGGUAGAAAAUGGGUUGCCAUAAAAUCAAAAGUGAAGAACAUCAUAGCUUUUAAUAUGAUAAGCAUAGAUCUUAGGAUGAUUUAUACUCUUUUUACACUAUAAAAGUAAAUUUAUUCGACUUCGUUAGCUGUAUUGACCUUAUUUUUAGAUAUGUGUUAGUACGCCUGUACAUAGUUAUUUUAUUAUUCUCAAAGUCUGUAUCUCGUAAUUGAAUUUUUCUAUAUCAUAUGCAUAGAACUUAGGAUGAUUUAUACUUUUUCUAGACUAUAAAAAUA